ACAUUUGAAAGUCUGAUUUUCAAUCGAAGACAACUAGCAAGCUUAAAAACAAGACAAUGGCAAGCAACGUUAACAUCGAAUUCAGAAAGCUUUUCAUAAACAACGAAUGGGUUGAUUCUAAAAGCGGUAAAACUUUUCCGGUCAUAAAUCCGUCUACUGGGGAGAGUGUUGCUGAUAUUCAAGAAGCUGAUGAGGCUGACGUUAACCAAGCAGUGCAGGCUGCCAAAAAGGCUUUUGAAAGAAAAUCAACCUGGACACAGAUGAAUGCCUCUCAAAGAGGAGAGCUGUUGAUACGUCUGGCUCACCUUAUAAAAGAUAACGUAUCAAUAAUUACGGAGCUGAACACAAUUGAUAGUGGAAAACCUCUAACUGCCUCUAUUGGAGAGGUUUUGCAAGGAGUUAGUCUUUUGACUUAUUACGCUGGACUUGCCGAUAAGAUCAACGGGCAAACAUUAUUAUCAGAUGGCCCAGUUUUUAGUUAUACAAGACGAGAACCAAUUGGGGUUUGUGGACUCAUUGUUCCAUGGAAUUUCCCAAUAAGCAUCUUGUGCAUGAAAAUAGGACCUGCAUUAGCAGCCGGUUGUACCUUGGUCAUUAAGCCAGCCGAGCAGACCCCAUUAGCAUCGCUAUUUAUUGCUAGUUUGUUUAAGAAAGCCGAAUUCCCUGCUGGUGUUGUCAAUAUGGUGCCAGGUUAUGGACCAACUGCGGGAGCGGCAAUUUCUAAUCACAUGGAUAUCGCCAAAGUAUCUUUUACAGGUUCAACUGAAGUUGGGAAACUAAUUUUAAAAGCAUCCGCUGACUCUAACCUAAAAAAAGUCAGCUUAGAAUUAGGAGGCAAAAGCCCAAAUAUUAUCUUCGCAGACGCUGACUUGGACUACGCUGUCGAGAUGGCACAUCAAUCAAUCAUGUACCACUCUGGUCAAAUUUGUUGUGCUGGUUCUAGAACUUACGUACACGAAGAUAUUUACGAGGAAUUCGUUAAGCGAAGCGUAGAGAGAGCUAAAAAACGCGUUGUAGGCGAUGGAUUUGAUAAAAAGUCUGAAAGUGGACCUCAAGUCGAUGAAGACAGUUUGAAAAAGAUCCUCGAUUUAAUCGAGAGUGGUAAAAAGGAAGGUGCUAAAUUACAUUGUGGAGGUAAAAGAAUGGAUCGAAGUGGCUACUUUGUUGAACCAACCGUUUUCUCCGAUGUAAACGAAAAUAUGAGAAUUGGACGCGAAGAAAUUUUCGGACCCGUUCAAAGCAUCUUUAAAUUCAAAACAAUUGAUGAAGUUAUUGAGAAAGCUAAUAACACCCAUUACGGCUUAGCCGCUUGCGUUUUCACAAAAGAUUUGGAAACCAGUCUAACCGUCGCCCAUGCUAUCAAAGCAGGAACAAUUUGGGUUAAUUGUGUUAAUUAUUUUAGUCCCCAACAGCCUUUCGGCGGCUAUAAACAAUCUGGAAUCGGAAGAGAAUUGUUAGUAUAUAAUAAAAUAUUAAGGCUUUCUCUUCUAUAUUCUUUACAAAUUAAAACUUGUAAAAUUAUUUUAUAUUGCUUAACAUACUCUAUGAAAUUUUGUGUUUAUGAAAUGAUUUAAAAACUAGAAAAAGGACAAGUAAUCAGUUUUCAUUAAACAGACAUAUUAACGAUGACGUUUUCAUCUUUUCAGAGGUACUUAUGGCGUUGAAGAAUAUCUGGAGGUUAAAACAGUCUGCACAAAAUUAUCGCAGAAAUAUUAGAGGAAGAAAGAAGAGAAUCCUUUUUGCCUUAUUGAAACGGAAAAUAUAUAAGAAAAUUGCUAAUACUGUAUAUUUUAAUAGUUCUAAAAAAUAGAAGUUUUAAUAAAGAAAUAAACUAAUUAUUAGUUAAAAAGCUUAUUAACCUAAGUAAUGGAUAACAAUAUUUCUAUUAAUAAACCCUUUAUGUCUCUCUCCUAAAACUAGCAUUGAAAAUAUUAUUAAUACAUUCAUUUUAUGGUUAUUCAACGUAUUGAAUUUUUCGAAGAAGUAUUUUCCUUUAUCACAACAAGAGUUUAAAGCAUAUAAGACUAUUAUGGUG